CAAUAAUAUCAACCAUUUGAUGUAAAUCAAUAAAAUCUGCCAUGAAUUCUUCAUCAUGCCAGAGCUGACAAUGGAGAUUCUCACAACCCCAUUUGCCCUCAAUUCCAAUUUUGCAAUACAACCCAAAGGAACGUCUCCAUUACAGACUCUUCCAACCAGAAACUGUUGCAUAGUAGCUUCAACCAAUACAGAGUCUCAAAAUUUACGAAAACUGACCAAUGCCCGUCAGAGGAUUACUGGGUUCAGUGGAGGUGGUUCAGUUCAUAGAAAUGGGGUGUUAAACAAUGCUGCUAUGCUCUUGAGUUCAAUGGAUUUAACCAAUCCAGAUGAGUGUAUUGAAAUCUAUGCUUCAAUUCUUCAGAAAUGUCGAAAACUCUAUAAUUUGCGACUGGGUUUUCAAGUUCAUGCUCAGUUGGUUGUUAAUGGUGUUGACGUGUGUGAAUUUCUUGGUAGUCGGCUCUUGGAAGUUUACUGUCAGACUGGAUGUGUGGAGGAUGCACGCAAGAUGUUUGAUAAAAUGUCUGAGCGAAAUGUUUUUAGUUGGACAGCUAUAAUGGAAAUGUACUGUGGAGUGGGGGAUUAUGAGGAGACAAUUAAGUUGUUUUAUUUGAUGGUCGAUGAAGGAGUUCGGCCUGAUCAUUUUGUCUUUCCUAAGGUUUUCAAAGCAUGCUCGGAGUUGAAGAAUUAUCGGGUUGGGAAAGAUGUUUAUGAUUACAUGUUGAGUAUAGGAUUUGAGGGGAAUUCCUGUGUUAAAGGGUCUAUCCUUGAUAUGUUUAUAAAAUGUGGGAGAAUGGAUAUUGCAAGGCGGUUCUUUGAAGAGAUUGAAUUUAAGGAUGUUUUUAUGUGGAACAUAAUGGUUUCAGGCUAUACAUCAAAAGGUGAGUUCAAGAAAGCUUUGAAGUGUAUCAGUGACAUGAAGCUUUCAGGUGUGAAGCCUGACCAAGUAACAUGGAAUGCAAUCAUUUCUGGUUAUGCUCGGAGUGGGCAAUUUGAGGAGGCUUCCAAAUAUUUUCUUGAGAUGGGUGGUUUGAAAGAUUUCAAACCUAAUGUGGUUUCUUGGACCGCAUUAAUAGCAGGAAGUGAGCAGAAUGGUUAUGAUUUUGAAGCACUGAGUGUUUUCAGGAAAAUGGUUCUUGAAGGAGUAAAACCAAACUCGAUUACCAUUGCAAGUGCUGUCUCAGCAUGCACCAACUUGUCUUUGAUUAGACAUGGCAGAGAGAUCCAUGGCUAUUGUAUAAAGGUGGAAGAGUUGGAUUCAGAUUUAUUGGUAGGUAACUCAUUGGUUGACUACUAUGCUAAAUGCCGAUCCGUGGAGGUUGCACGUAGAAAAUUUGGUAUGAUCAAACAAACGGAUUUGGUCUCAUGGAACGCAAUGCUGGCUGGUUAUGCCCUUAGAGGUAGUCAUGAAGAAGCCAUUGAACUUCUUAGUGAGAUGAAGUUCCAAGGCAUUGAACCCGACAUUAUUACAUGGAAUGGAUUAGUUACUGGGUUUACACAGUAUGGGGAUGGGAAGGCAGCUCUUGAAUUCUUUCAGAGGAUGCACAGUAUGGGUAUGGAUCCCAACACAACAACUAUAUCAGGAGCUCUAGCUGCUUGUGGCCAAGUAAGAAAUUUGAAGCUAGGGAAGGAGAUUCAUGGUUAUGUUCUUCGGAAUCAUAUUGAACUGUCAACAGGUGUUGGGAGUGCUCUUAUAUCAAUGUACUCAGGAUGUGAUUCUCUGGAAGUUGCCUGUUCUGUGUUCAGUGAACUUUCUACAAGAGAUGUAGUUGUAUGGAAUUCAAUUAUUUCUGCCUGUGCACAAAGUGGGAGAAGUGUUCAUGCUUUAGACUUGUUAAGAGAAAUGAAUUUAAGUAAUGUGGAAGUGAACACAGUGACAAUGGUUUCAGCCCUCCCAGCUUGUUCAAAGUUAGCUGCCUUACGCCAAGGCAAAGAGAUCCACCAGUUUAUUAUCAGGUGUGGGCUUGAUACAUGUAAUUUUAUAUUGAACUCCCUUAUUGACAUGUAUGGACGCUGUGGAUCCAUCCAAAAAAGUCGAAGAAUAUUUGAUUUAAUGCCUCAGAGAGAUCUUGUCUCUUGGAAUGUGAUGAUCUCAGUCUAUGGAAUGCAUGGCUUUGGGAUGGAUGCUGUAAAUCUUUUCCAGUACUUCAGAACUAUGGGACUAAAGCCAAAUCAUAUUACCUUCACAAAUCUUUUAUCAGCUUGUAGUCACUCAGGAUUAAUAGAGGAAGGAUGGAAGUAUUUUAAAAUGAUGAAAACCGAGUACGCAAUGGACCCUGCUAUGGAGCAAUAUGCUUGUAUGGUUGAUCUACUGUCAAGAGCAGGUCAAUUCAAUGAAACAAUGGAGUUCAUUGAGAAGAUGCCUUUUGAGCCCAAUGCAGCAGUCUGGGGGUCUUUAUUGGGUGCUUGUAGGAUCCAUUGCAACCCCGAUCUUGCAGAAUAUGCUGCUGGGUAUCUGUUUGAACUAGAGCCCCAAAGUUCUGGGAACUAUGUACUCAUGGCCAAUAUUUACUCUGCAGCAGGAAGAUGGGAGGAUGCAGCUAAAAUACGCUGUUUGAUGAAGGAGCGAGGAGUGACAAAACCUCCAGGUUGCAGUUGGAUUGAAGUGAAGAGAAAAUUGCAUAGCUUCGUUGUUGGGGAUACUUCACAUCCAUUGAUGGAGCAAAUAUCAGCAAAGAUGGAAAGCUUGUAUUUUGAUAUAAAAGAAAUCGGGUAUGUCCCUGACACGAACUUUGUGUUGCAGGAUGUUGAUGAAGAUGAAAAGGAGUUCAGCCUGUGUGGGCAUAGCGAAAAGAUUGCUCUAGCUUUUGGCUUGAUUAGCACACCUGCUGGAACCCCUUUGAGAAUAAUAAAAAACUUGAGGGUGUGUGGAGACUGCCACUCUGCAACAAAGUUUAUAUCCAAGGUGGAAAAGAGAGACAUCAUAAUGAGGGAUAAUUAUAGGUUUCACCACUUUGUUGAUGGAGUAUGCUCGUGCGGGGAUUAUUGGUAGAUUAAAAUUGUAACAUCUAUACAAGGGAAUGAUAAAUGGGAGCAAAAGAUUGAAUGGUUGAAUUACCAAAAUGCUUUAAAGUUCUCCAAACUCCAGUUACUGAAGAAACAGAAAAGGCAGGUGGACGAGAAGUAGGCCUUCUAAGCAGCUUACUGAUUCGGAAAACAAGAUGGAAUGUGAAAAGGCAAGAGUACAAGGUGUCAGUCUCCAACUUGAUCGGUAUCCAGCAUGAUAAUGUUGUGGCUGAUUGAAGAGGUUAUACUGAACAUCUUCCAACUACUCAAGACUUCGACUUCAGUUGAUAAUAAAGAUGUAAUAAAAGAGUCUCAUCGACCAUUGGAUGGGGCAUGCGCUCCUGUGGUAGCCACAAUGAUGCUAACAGAAUAGCUGCUGAGUUCUCUUCUCUUCAACCAUUUUCAAGACCUACAUCCAUUCCAAAGCUUGCUCAUUGUUUAUCUUUCCAUUUGAUAGUGUUGUAAAUUAUUAUCAAGAAUUCAUCAACAUGCUUUGAUAUUUCGUUAGUAGCAAUGAAUAAAGAAACCGGUUC